CAUUAGAAAUUUCGUACAAUUUAGGCUCAGAUAUAUACACAUUAAAUGCGCACGAGAAACUCGAAUCCUUCUUGUCUUUAAACCAUAAAUUAUUUAAUGAACUAAUACUAAUUUUUUUCCUCUUCUGCAACAAUCGAGAAGAAAUAGGCGUAGAUUUCCGUGAGAGAAGACAGAGAGAGAGAGAGAGCUCGAUUAUGGCGACGCAGAGCAAUUUCCAGAUGAAGGUGACGGAAGGACAGCUCGGUUACGUUCUCCAGGAUGUGCCUCACAUCACCGAUUACAUUCCCAAUCUCCCUACUUAUCCCAAUCCGCUACGCUCGAAUCCUGCAUACUCAGUUGUUAAGCAGUACUUUGUCGACAUGGAUGAUAGUGUACCUCAAAAGAUUGUUGUUCACAAGGAUACUCCAAGAGGGGUACACUUCCGGCGAGCUGGUCCACGUCAGAAGGUGUACUUUACUCCGGAAGAGGUGAAUGCUUGUAUUGUGACAUGUGGAGGUCUCUGUCCGGGCCUAAACACAGUGAUCAGGGAGAUCGUUCAUAGCCUUGAUUAUAUGUAUGGUGCCACCAAAGUCCUGGGAAUUGAUGGAGGCUACAGGGGAUUCUAUUCAAAGAAUACCAUUCCUUUAUCACCUAAGAUUGUAAAUGACAUACAUAAGCGUGGUGGGACCAUCCUGGGAACUUCCCGUGGUGGUCAUGAUACCACGAAGAUUGUUGACAGCAUUCAGGACCGUGGAAUUAAUCAGGUUUACAUAAUUGGAGGGGAUGGCACCCAAAAAGGAGCAGCUGUGAUCUAUGAGGAAAUUCGUAAGCGGGGUUUAAAGGUUGCAGUUGCUGGAAUUCCCAAGACAAUUGACAAUGACAUACCGGUUAUUGACAAAUCAUUCGGUUUUGAUACUGCUGUAGAGGAAGCACAGCGUGCCAUUAAUGCUGCACAUGUUGAGGCUGAGAGUGCAGAAAAUGGAAUUGGUGUAGUGAAACUUAUGGGCCGCUACAGUGGAUUUAUUGCAAUGUAUGCUACACUGGCCAGCCGAGAUGUUGACUGCUGUUUGAUACCCGAGUCCCCAUUUUAUUUAGAAGGACAAGGUGGACUUUUCGAAUAUAUUCAGAAGAGGCUUAAAGAAAAUGGACACAUGGUCAUUGUUGUUGCUGAAGGAGCAGGAGAGGAUCUUCUCGCUGCUAAAAAUGAACAGGAUGCUUCAGGGAACAAGCUACUUCAAGACAUCGGUUUGUGGCUUUCUCAAAGAAUUAAGGAACACUUUUCGAAGCAAAAAAAAAUUCUCAUCACUCUAAAAUACAUAGAUCCAACUUACAUGAUCCGUGCUAUUCCGAGCAAUGCAUCUGAUAAUGUGUACUGCACACUCCUUGCUCAAAGUGCCGUUCAUGGAGCAAUGUCAGGUUUCACGGGCUUCACAAGUGGGCUUGUAAAUGGCCGGCAUACAUACAUUCCUUUCAAUCGUAUUACUGAACAGCAAAACAAGGUUGUGAUAACGGACAGGAUGUGGGCGAGGCUUCUCUCUUCGACUAACCAACCAAGCUUUCUCGGCCAUAAACAGAUCGACGAAGCCAAGAAAGAACAAGGGCCUCAGUCCCAACUGAUGGACGAUGCAACAAACAUCGGGGAUGGGAAAAAUGGUAAUAAAGACCAGCGCAAGAAAUAAAAAGGCGCUCGAUCCUCAACUAGCUCCUCUGUUUUGCACGAUUUGGCUCCAGGUAUGUUUGGAUCGUAAUAGUAAUGUAUAAUAAUAUUGGAUUAAUGGGGUCGUCUAGGAACACAUUUCAAGUUUUUACCAAUCUGUUAGGAUGCCUCAGCUGCUGCGGGCAAUGACUUAUUUUUCCUUUUUUUUUUCAAGUUUUUGAGUUAGACAUGCUACUGAAAAGUGCUCCUUUUUUUUUUUGCUUGUAUUUAUUUUGAAGUAUUGUGAUUAUAUAAAACGUCGAUUGGUGACUAA